GAAUUAUUGGGAUAAUGUUUCGGCUCCAUAUGGUUACAUCGGUUGCUUGCAAGCAGGAGCAGGGAGGGACAAGAGGCGAACAGAAUGAGGUUGUGAAAAAAAGGAGUCCCCUUCAGGCAUCCGAACAAGUCUGGACUGUUCUUCUGCUGCUUGUGUUCAGCCUGCGCUACGAAAGGGAGCCUCGGGAAUCAGAAAUAGCAUUCACAGUCUUGACAGUCUCCUGCAGGGAUGCAGCGACACGAGUUGAGUUUUUGAUCCUCAGUGGAGUUGCUUUGUGCUUUUUAAAGCUGUGACACUGGAAACCGGGGACUGUGUAUACUACUGUGUGGACAGACACUGCACAGAGAGCUACGGCUGGACAUGCCACAGGUGGAAAGAUGGGGAGCAGCAGGCUGUGGCCCGGUGCACGGAGCAGAGAUCUGCAGGUUGUGAAGAUGUGGAGCUGGGUGUUCACUGUGACUGUUCUGCUGUCUUCCAUGAAACAGGCUGAAGCUCAGGGCAGGUGUGAUAAUUUGCAAGCAGCAGAUAUUGUUUUCCUAGUUGAUGGGUCUUCCAGUAUUGGCCGAGCUAACUUCCUGCAGGUGAAGGGCUUCAUGGCUGGAAUCAUCAAACCAUUUGCCAACUCUGUCAGCGCGUCAGGGAUUCGAUUUGGGGCUGUACAGUACAGUGACACCUCCAGGGUUGAAUUCACCUUUACUACUUACCUGAAUGGCACUGAGCUGGUCAAUGCUGUACAAAAUUUAAACUACAAAGGUGGAAACACACGCACUGGUGCUGGUCUCAAGUUUGUGGCUGACAACUUCUUUAACCCUGCAGCCAGUCGGGAUGUCCCAAAGAUCACUAUCCUGAUCACAGAUGGAAAGUCACAGGACAGUGUGCAAGAACCAGCACAGAAGUUACGCAGUCAGGGAGUGCAUGUUUUUGCAGUUGGCAUAAAGAGUGCAGACAGGAAUGAAUUGGCUCAGAUCUCCUCUCAGCCCAGCAGUGAUUUCACCUCCUUUGUUGGGGACUUCAAACUGCUGAACACACUUCUUCCUCUUGUGAGCCCCAGAGUGUGUUCCAAAGCAGGAGGAGUCUAUGCUAGUGAUGAGGCAUUUUCUGGUCCAUCCAACAUUCAGUUUUUUGGGCAGACAUCUGAUUCUCUCCGGUUUCGCUGGAGUCCUGCAGGAGGGCCUGUGAGUGGCUAUGCUGUCCAGUAUGUACCACUGUCCGGCCUGGGUCAGCCUAUCACAGCAGAAUUGCGACAGGAAACUGUCUCUGCUAGUCAGAGGACCUUCACUGCACGGGAGCUGAGGUCAGGGACAGACUACCUGGUGACUAUCAUUGCCCAAUAUCCCAACAGUGUGGGAGAGUCUGUUUCUGCCAAGCAACGAACCAAGUCCUUGCCGGGUGUCUCCAGUCUACGUCUGGUCGAGGCAGGCUUCUUCUCUCUCACUGUGGGCUGGGGUCAGCCUUCAUCUCCUGUCCAGGGCUACAGACUUACCUAUGGACCACGAGGUCAGCCUGCGGCUCAGCUAUUGGAGCAGUCUCUGUCCCCAGACUCCACAUCCAUCACCUUGGAGUCACUUCAGCCUGACACAGAGUAUGUCAUCAGUCUCUACCCCCUGUUCCCUAGAAACUCUGCAUCCCCAUCCAUCCUCAAUGCCCGCACAUUGCGCCUUGAGGCAGUGAAGCAGUUAUCAGUGGAGACAGAGUCAGAGGGAAGUGUUCUUCUGCGGUGGAGAGGUGUCAGUGGUGCUCGGGCCUACCGUCUGGUCUGGGGACCAUUUACAGGUCGAAAUGUCGAGACGGUGGAAGUUGCUGGCAACAGUGAAUCUUACACUUUGUCCAGACUGCAGCCUGACACUGAGUACAUUGUCACCAUCAUCCCGUUGUACGAGGGCAACACUGAGGGCCCUGUUGCCACUGCAAGGUUCAAGAUAGAGCGUCAGGAGCAGCAGGUCCUCAGAGCAGCUACUACCGGCCCCUCCACUAUCCGGCUGACUUGGAGAAUCAUUCAGUCCUCUCAAGGGUAUCGUCUGGAAUGGAGGGAGGGGGAAGGAGGCCGUGCCCAGAGCCUUUCCUUUCCUAGAAGCACCACCAGCUAUGAGUUGACAGGCCUCCAACCCAACACAGAAUAUAUCAUCACCCUUUAUACCCUGUAUGAAGGUCGUGAGGAGGCCACACCUGUUUCCACCGCAUCCAGAGAAGAACAACCAGUGGGGACAGUGUCUAACCUGAGAGUUGUGGAGUCUCUGGGCAGCACUGUCAGACUCGGCUGGACGGGUGUAGCUGGGGCUACACAGUACAGCAUCAUGAUACUGAACACAGAAGUGGGAACAGAGGAAAUCCGAACUAUCCCUGGAAACCAAACAACCCUUGACCUCAGAGACCUGACAGUAGGAGUGUCUUAUGGUGUCAGUGUCACGGCGCUGGUGGGAGAAAAUGAAGGAGACCCAGUAACAGUCUAUAUCAAACCAGAGCAAGGUGCUGGCAGAGUAACUAACCUCAGAGUUACAAAUGCAAACAGUCGGAGAAUUCGAAUUGCCUGGACAGGAGCCACUGGGGCGACAGGAUACAGGGUUACUUGGAGACAAGGCAACAGUGCGGAGCAGUCCCGUGUUCUGGGGGUGGAUGCCACAUCCUUCACUAUAGAUGGCCUGCAACCAGACGAGGCGCUGGUAAUUGGUGUUGCAGCUGUUGUUGAUCAGCGCGUUGGAGAGGUGGUCACACUGUCUGCUCGGACUAAUCCCCACAGUGGAUCAGUGUCUGGACUCCGCAUUGUUGACGUCACAUCUCAGAGGAUACGCAUUGCAUGGUCAUCUUCCCCCAGGGCAACUGGCUAUAAGAUCACCUGGCGUCGGGAUGAUGGAGUUGAAACAACUCGUAAUGUGGCAGCUGACAUCACUUCCUUCACCAUUGAUGGACUACAGUCAGAUUCAGCCUACAGCGUGCUAGUUUCUGCACUGACUGGCUCUCGAGAGGGAAGUCCUUCCACCCUGAAUAUCAAAACAGAGUCAGAUUUGUCUGUAGUUGGGACUGUGACUUUACUGCAAGUCCAGGAGACCCGUGGUGAGGUUGUCCGAGUCACUUGGGUUGGUGUGCAGGGAGCUACAGCUUAUCGUGUCUCUUGGAGGAGAACAGAUGGUGGUGAAGAGAGGAGUCAGCUGGUUGGGGGGGAUGUGACAGCAGUGGAUUUAGAUCAGCUGGACCCUGGAGCUCAGUAUGAGGUGCAGGUCAAGGCUUUAGUUCAAAACAGAGAAGGAACCCCUGUGUCUGUUAGAGUCACCACAGCUGGUUCCUAUAUCCCUUCUACAGCACCAACCACAACUUUACGAGUGUCAGAGGUUACCCAGAGUUCUGCACGGCUAGACUGGAUUCCACUACCAGGUGCCACAGGAUAUAUUCUACGCUGGAGAGACGAGACAGAUAUUGGACGAGGCUUGUCUGUUUCGCUGCCUGCUUCGUCCACCUCUUACCAGGUGACUGGUCUGCGUUUGGGCCGUCGAUAUCGCUUUAGUGUGCAGCCCACCUUUCAAAGUGGAUUGGGAACAGAGAGUUCUGUAGAUGAACGCACUGUAUGUGUGGGCGGCCGUCUGGAUGUGGUGUUUCUGGUGCCAGCAUCUACUGAUCGGCUUAGCCUUGCAAGACCUCUGCGCGAACUUCUCACAAGUGCAGCAGGGUCACUCAACACCAUUGGACCCCGAGACUCACAGGUGGGAGUUGUAGUAUAUGGUUACAGACCCAAAAUAUGGUUCCUGCUCAAUCGCCAUGCCAGAUCUGACACACUGCUUCAAGAGAUCAAAUCCACACCCUUUGAUGAAGGCCAAGGGAAUAACAUUGGCGAGGCAGUGACCUUCACAAGACAGUACCUUCUGACCCCCUCAGCUGGACGCAGACCAAGGGUCCCUGGUGCUGUUGUCAUCAUUGCUGACAAAAGAUCAGCUGACAACCUCACUCUUGCAGCCAGCAAUCUCAGAGCUACAGGUGUCACAGUGUUAGCCGUGGGUAUCGACAGGGCAGAUCCUGAGGAGCUACGUCGUGCUGUUACAGAUGGUAGCACCCAGAACAUACUGUAUACUCGUGAUGCAACACAGCUGGACACACUACAUACUGAUCUGGCAGACUUGCUCUGUGGAAUUGCCAGAAUACCAGAGACAUCUCCAGGUCCAGACCAGUGUACCAUUCAGUGUCCUCGGGGUGAGAAGGGAGAUCGUGGAGAGAAGGGUGAGAGAGGCAGAGAUGGUGCAGAUGGACGCAAGGGAGAGCCUGGUCGUGAUGGUUUGCCCGGGCGAGAAGGCCCCAGAGGCCCUGAAGGGCGCCCAGGUCCACCAGGCCAAACGACAAUUGACCCCACACUGGGAGUGAAAGGAGAAAAGGGGGAAAGAGGUUUUCCUGGUAUUGAUGGAAAUCCGGGGUUGCCAGGACGACCAGGUGCUCCUGGAAACGCAGGGGUCCCGGGUUCACAGGGUCUACCUGGUAUCAGAGGAACCCCAGGUGAACCAGGUUCGACAGGGCCACAAGGGCCAAAGGGUGACAGAGGUGAAAGGGGUGAACCAGGUUCAGCUACAUCUGGAGGGGGUCUUCCAGGGAGGAAAGGAGAACCAGGCAUCCCAGGGAUACCGGGUACACCAGGUCGGCCAGGCAUUGAUGGGGCCAAAGGGACACCUGGAGUUCCAGGGUCACCAGGUCAGGAUGGUCGGCCAGGGAUACCAGGAACACCAGGACUCUCCAUCAAGGGAGACAAGGGCAGCCCAGGAGAGAGGGGACCUCCAGGAGUAGGCAGCGGGGUGGCUGUGAAGGGCGAGAAGGGCUCCCCAGGUGCUCCAGGACCUACAGGGGCUCAGGGCCCUAGAGGGCCAACAGGACCACAGGGCAGCAAAGGAGACAAGGGCGACAGUGGUGAUGGGCCACCUGGACCUCCAGGCAGGCAAGGAGAGCCCGGGGACAGGGGUCCCCGUGGGCCUCCAGGAGAGAUUGGCAGCAAGGGUGACCGAGGACAGCCGGGUGAGCCUGGAUCACAGGGAGACAGGGGUGAGAGAGGACCCUCUGGUGAAACUGGGGAGAGAGGGGACCCAGGGAAGCCAGGCCUCACGGGAUCACCAGGUUUGAGAGGUUUACCAGGGUCCAGUGGACCGCCAGGAGAAAAGGGAAACGACGGAGCAAAAGGGGAGCCUGGCAGAAGUAUUCCAGGUAUUCCAGGAAAGAAAGGAGAACAGGGGGAGCGGGGUCUGUCUGGUCUCGAUGGGCAGAAGGGAGAAAAAGGAGAGCCUGGACAGAGAGGGGAGAAAGGGUCUCCAGGGUCAGGAGGGUCAGGUGUUGUUGGAUCUAAAGGAGAGCCAGGAGAGCGGGGACUUCCUGGUAUCAGUGGAAGGCCAGGUGCUAAGGGAGACCCUGGUGAACCAGGGGAGAGGGGGGAGAAUGGGCGCGCAGGAAUCCCAGGAAAGCCCGGUCUUCCUGGGAAAGAGGGAGAGAGAGGAGAGAAGGGUGAUGAAGGCACUCCUGGGGAGUCUGGACUCCCAGGGAAGCCAGGAGAGCGAGGACUGAGGGGACUUCCUGGUCAGGCUGGUCGGCCAGGAGAGAAAGGAGACUUAGGAGACCCUGGAGAGCAUGGGCGAAAUGGCAGCCCUGGACCGGCGGGGCCAAGAGGAGAGAAAGGAGAACAGGGACCUCAAGGACCACCAGGACCACCAGGAAAGGUGGCUGAUAUCCAGGGCCAGUUGAGAGGAGACAGAGGAGAGAAGGGUGAUGCUGGCGACCCAGGAGAGCAUGGCAGCAAAGGUCAGAAAGGCGAAGCAGGGACUCCUGGAGCCCCAGGCCUACGAGGUCCUGAGGGACAACGGGGUCCUGCAGGCACAAGAGGUGACACAGGAGAAAGAGGAGCACCAGGAGAGAAGGGAGAAAGGGGUGCCUCUGGGUUAGAUGGACGUCCAGGUGUGGAUGGUAAACCAGGUGCUCCUGGACCACCUGGACAGAGGGGUGAUCCUGGGAAACAGGGAGAUCCUGGGAGAGAUGGUUUACCAGGACUCAGGGGGGAUCAGGGCCCCCCAGGGCCUGUUGGGCCUCCAGGCAGUCCAGGAAUACCUGGUAAAGCAGGUGAAGACGGCAAACCUGGGCCUCCUGGAAAAAUGGGUGAGGACGGAGUACCAGGUGAAGAUGGAAGAAAGGGUGACAAAGGAGAAGCGGGAGCUGCUGGAAGAGAUGGCCGUGAUGGGCAAAAAGGAGAACGAGGCCUUUCUGGACCUGUAGGCCCCUCUGGUCCUCCAGGGCCGCCUGGUGCACCUGGCAGCAUUGGACCUCCUGGACCGGUUGUGUAUUUAAAAGGAGUUGAAGCCUCACCAGGCCCACAGGGGCCUCCAGGAACCCCUGGCAUCCCUGGGAUCCCGGGAGCUUUGGGAGCCAGAGGAGAGAGAGGUCCUCCUGGCACUAAAGGUGAUGCUGGGGACCCAGGAGAGGAUGGGGCACCGGGUAAACCUGGGACAGUGAUGGAUUUAGUGAAAGGUCUGACCAGCAUCGGUAUUGAGGUGUCUUCUCUGAAGGAGCUUAUGGCCAUGAAGGGUGCAGUGCUGACUCAGAGGGCAGUGAAAGGUGAAAAGGGAGAUGGAGGGGAGCGAGGACAGACAGGACCACCUGGUACAGAAGGUGCCCGUGGUUUUCCAGGAGUGAAGGGAGUCAAAGGGGAACAAGGAGAGAUUGGACCUGUGGGACCAAUAGGGCCUCCUGGAGCACGCAGUGUAGAACCAGGGCCAAAGGGGUCCCCAGGGCCUGCUGGAGAGCCAGGCAAGCCAGGAAUACCAGGUGUUCCUGGGCGACCUGGUGAACUGGGUGAGGCUGGAAAACAAGGCGAUAAGGUGAAGGGAGACAGGGGAGAGAAAGGUGACAAAGGAGAAGCUGGAAAAAUGGGGCCAGCUGGUCCAUCGGGUCCAAAGGGAGAUGGAAUAGUUGGUCCACAAGGGCCCAGAGGCCCUCCAGGGCUUGCAGGAGAGAGGGGAGAGCCUGGUCCAGCAGGAUCAACAGGACUGAAAGGAGACCGGGGUUUUACAGGACCUAAAGGUGAUAAAGGAGACCGAGGAGAGUCUGGAGAAAAAGGACGUGAUGGCUCAUUGGGAACACCAGGAGAACCAGGAAAACCUGGUCAGGAUGGGAAACCGGGCCUGCCUGGGUUCCCAGGAGUUCUAGGCAGACCGGGAAACCCAGGAGACCCUGGCAUAAGGGGGCCAACUGGUCCCAUGGGUCCAAAUGGCCCUCCAGGUCCACGGGGUGUAAAGGGUGAUAAAGGAGAACAGGGCAUUGGUGCCGAGGGGCCUCCUGGUGCCCAGGGAAAUGCAGGUCCACCAGGAACAACAGGUCCUCCAGGAGCUAUAGGUCCACAGGGCCCUCCAGGACUGCCAGGGCAGGUGGGUGAAGCAGGUAAACCUGGAGUCCCUGGGAGAGAUGGGGUGCCUGGCAAAGAAGGAAUACCUGGAUUGCCAGGAAAGCAGGGCAUUGCUGGACCUCCAGGGCAGCACGGCUUAAAGGGAGAGCAAGGAGACAGUGGUCCUCCAGGAAAGGGAGAGACUGGACCCCAUGGACCCAAGGGAGAGAGGGGUCUACCUGGUUCUCCAGGCACGACUGGAGAGAGAGGUCCACUUGGGGAAAAGGGUAACAGAGGAGACAAAGGUGCUGCUGGCAUUAAAGGAGAAAGAGGAGCAGCUGGUGAACAAGGAGAGCCAGGAGAAGACGGGGCACAGGGAUCUCCUGGGCCUAAAGGAGAUAAGGGAGAGAAGGGCAUAGGACAGUCAGGUCCUCCUGGUCUGGUCGGCCCGCCUGGUUUAAAGGGGGAUCCAGGCCUUCCUGGCCCAGCUGGUCCUCCAGGGCUCCAGGGGAAGACUGGUAAUCCCGGGCUACCUGGCCAGAGAGGAGAAACUGGACAACCAGGACCUCCAGGACAAGUGGGAGAGAGGGGUCUUCAAGGCUUUCCAGGCCGUGCAGGAAAUGCUGGAGCUCCUGGUCCUCCUGGACCUCCUGGAGAGGCUGGCUCUCCUGGUACCAAAGGUCCCAAAGGAGACAAGGGGCAAGAUGGUGUUGGUGUCCCUGGUUCCAGAGGAGAGAGAGGAGAAAAGGGGACCAGAGGCGAGGAUGGUCUUCCUGGAUUGGAUGGGGAGAGAGGGCCAACAGGUCCCCCAGGGGUCCGUGGGGUUCAGGGAGAGAAGGGAAACAUUGGACUGCAAGGUGACAAAGGAGAGAAGGGGGACACUGUGCUGGUGGGCGGACCUGCUGGAGAAAAGGGCAACAAAGGAGAAACAGGUGACAGAGGACCCAAAGGUGUGCAGGGAGAAAAAGGGGUGAAGGGUCAAGAGGGACCCCCAGGGGAGCAGGGUCUGAGGGGAGAGCCAGGAGAAGGAGGAUCAACUGGAUUCCCAGGUGCCCGUGGCCCUGGUGGACAGAAGGGUGAAGCCGGUCAACCUGGAGUUCCUGGUGAAAUGGGUUUACCAGGAAAAAAUGGGCUGCCAGGGAAUAAGGGGGCGAAGGGAGAGAUCGGUAUCGUAGGAAUGAGAGGAUUAAAGGGUGACCGAGGAUCCAAGGGGGAAUGUGGAGAUCCUGGACUCAAAGGCAAGCAGGGGGAACCUGGUAUUAAUGGACGACCAGGCAAAGCAGGAAAACAAGGUGAAAAGGGAGCUAUCGGACUUCAUGGUGUUCCUGGGACCCCUGGAAAAGAGGGGCUAGUCGGCCCUAAGGGUGACCGUGGUUUUGAUGGGACUCCAGGACAGAGAGGAUCUCAGGGAGAGAAAGGUGAAAGGGGUUCGCCUGGUAUACCUGGCCCUCCUGGUCCCAGUGGAGCACAGGGGCCCCCUGGCAAUCCUGGCCCUCUAGGACCAAUUGGUGCUAAAGGCCCUGAGGGGCUUCAAGGACAGAAGGGAGAAAGAGGGCCAAUUGGUCCUGCCAUGAUUGGUCCACGCGGUAUCCCAGGUAUCCCAGGAGAGAGAGGAGAGCAGGGAGAAGUGGGCCCAGAUGGAGCCAAGGGAGACAGAGGAGAGCCAGGCAUGACGGAGGAUGAGAUCAGAGAGUAUGUUCGCUCAGAGAUGAGUCAGCACUGUGCGUGUGGAGGUAAGUGAGCCGUUCAACUGCGGCAGUAGAGAGAAAGGUGGACAGAAGGGCUGUGAUUUAGCAUGCAGUAUACUAUACCACAUAUGCUGCUGCAGAGUGAGAGCAGUCAGUCUCAUUUAUUAUGUUUUUUUGAAAAGAUUUAGCAGUUACAUUCAGUUUAAAUACAGAAAAAUUCAUGCUCAUUUAUAAUCAGGCCCACAAAAGAAUGUAGUAUAAUUCAUGUUUAUUGGCAUUUGUUUGAACAGCAUAGCACAACAGUGUAAAAUGCACUGUUUUUUUUUCAGUUAAAUCUUGAAUAAUAUUAAUAUGAUUUUGUGAUAUCCCUAAUUCUGACACUUUGUGUUGCUUCAUAUGACUUUUGCAAGUUAUCAUCAUGUCUUAGUCUUUAAACACAAGUCAAAUUCAAUUCAUUUAUGAGUAAUUUUGUAGUAGAUCUUUUAGAUUCAUUUUCAUUUGUUAGAUGCAAUGGUCUGACUAAGACAGUGGCCUCUUAUUAAAGGACAUGUUGUAUAUAAAUCUUAGACUAACUAACAGGAUUGAUUUAAUUACAUUUAUUCACAUAAAAAAAUAUGGAAUACAUUUAAGUAAAUGUAUGGGAAGAAAAUAAAGGAGAACCUCAAAAUGGAAGUGGAACAGAAGUUUUAAAAAGUGUGUUUGUUGUCGAAGCUGUAAAUCAAUGCAAGACCACAUCAGUGUUAUGAAGCAGCAGUUGCAGUAGCAUGAGAUAAGUGAUGGUGAGGCAGGCACUUAAUAAAUAUGCAGCGUUACCAAGAAUGAGGCCAAAACAAACAUUUCACCCAUGUUUUAUUUAUUUAUUAUUACCCAAGAAAUAGCUACAUGUUUCAAAGUGAACAACUCUGUAAUGAUUUGAAUCUGCAGGCUUUAGUUGAAUCAGUGCUGAUUUGACUUGGACUCAAGUCAAAAAAAGUUUGACUCGAGUGCGACACAAGUUCGUAUAGCAGCGACUUGAGUCCUUAAAGGAUUACAACCAGUUCUUGGAAGAGUACCUUAUGGUGCCUAGUCUUGCAAAAACAUGGUAAAUCCUUUUAGUUGGUGUGUAUGUUGGAACGGUGGAAUGAUUAUUUGUGGUGCUUUGGGGCUGUUGUUACCUCAUGUGUCUAAUGGUUUUACUACCAGAAUGUUCUGUCGUUCCUCUUUUUCAUCAUUAUUCCUCUCUGGCCAUCAUUAUUCCUCUCUGGUCUCACUUACCUGGUCCCUCUUGCUCCCUGAAUCCUGUCUCUGUUCUCUCGGUG